CAUGAGAAGCGUAAACAAUAAUGUUGUAUUAACAUGUGUACUUUUUGUUGUAAUAACUAGCAACCCAAAUGGGAUUGAUGCUGGCUGUUGGUGGAUGGAUGACAAACCUGAUUGUGUAUCUGAUUGUGUAUCUGAUUGAGGAGUUCAACGUAAAAAGCAUUGAUGCUACUCAGAUCAAUAAUAUUCUUAAUGGUUGCAUCAAUCUGCUUCCCAUCAUUGGCGCAAUUCUUGCUGACUCUUUCUUAGGCUCCUUCUCUGUUGUUGCAAUUUCUUCCUUUCUCUCUUUGCUGGGAGUAGUUCUCCUGACUUUAACAGCAUUAAUUAACUCAUUGAGACCUCCUCCAUGUGAGACUGGAUCAAGCUUCUGCCAAGCUCCAUCUAGAGUUCAAUUCACAGUGCUAUAUGCAGCUAUAGCUUUAGCUUCUAUAGGAAAUGGGGCAAUGAGAUUUACUCUAGCAACAAUGGGAGCAAAUCAAUUUGAUAAGCCUCAAUAUCAUGGUGUGUUUUUCCAUUGGCUCUUCUUCAUCCUUUUUGCAUCUGGUGUGAUAAGCUCCAUAGGCAUUGUUUAUGUUGAGGACAGUGUCAGCUGGGGACUGGGGUUUGGCCUAUGUGCUGCUGCUAAUUUUGUUGGUUCAGCCAUUUUCUUGUCGGGAAACAGAUUUUAUAAACAUGACAAGCUCCAGGGGAGCCCGUUUACUGGUUUAGCUUGUGUUAUUGUUGCUGCUAUAAGAAAGAGGAAUAUCACACUACCAUCCAAAAGUGGGGAUUAUUACCAUGGAAAAGAUGAAAUGAAAAAAACCACGGCCGUAACGCCUCCUCAGAACUCAAGGUUCUUGAACCGAGCAUCACUGGUGGAAAACCUGAAAGCUCUAGUUAGAAUUUUCCCACUCUGGUCUAGCACAAUAUUCUUAUCCACCCCGAUAGCCAUUCUGCUCAGUAUGACAGUUCUCGAAGCUCUAUCCAUGGAUUGUCACCUUGGUUCUUAUUUCAAAAUCCCAGCAGGGUCAGUGCUGGUUGUGGCAUCAAUCUCCGACUGCAUCUUUCUUGCCAUCUUUGACCAGUUCCUACUCCCUACCUGGAAGAAGCUGACUCGUCGGCCUCUGACAGCUCUCCAACGAAUUGGCAUAGGCCAUGUUUUGAAUGUGCUAAGCAUGGUCAUUUCAGCCUUGGUGGAGUCAAGAAGGCUGAAAAUAGCCCGUGCUAAGCUUCAAGCCCAGCCUGGUGCCAUAGUCCCUAUGCUAGUGCUUUGGCCGUUUCCACAAUUAGUUAUUAAUGGCAUUGCAGACGCCUUCCAUUUCCCAGGACAGGUUACAUUGUACUAUCAAGAAUUUCCAGUAUCUCUACGAAGCACAGGAACUGCCAUGAUAUAUGUGGAUCACAGACAUGUAUUUGAGUAUAAAACCUCCGAAAAAUUCAGCAUGUCUCUGUAUUAUUGGAUCAAGCCAUCACUCAUUGGUAAAUUGGGAUUAUCAUGGAUCAGCGUUCAAGGAAAACAGGGAUUUGUCAUGGAUAGAAACCAUUUUAGCUGCGGUUGGAAUAUCUUAAUCCAGUUAUGGCCUCCAAAUCCUGAAGUGCCAGCCAUGGAGUUUCAUCAAUCUGUGGACAAAGAGGCACAUUCCAGUGGCAAACGGGGUGGUUGGAUCACUUUCCCCUUUGUUGCAGCAACCUUGACUGGAUUGAUGUUGGGUGGCUGGGGAUGGCUAACCAACUUGAUUGUGUAUCUUAUUGAGGAGUUCAAUGUGAAGAGCAUUGCUGCUACUCAGAUAGCAAAUAUUGUCAAUGGUGGCAUCAAUCUGCUUCCGAUCAUUUCAGCAAUUCUUGCUGAUUCCUUUUUUGGCUCCUUCUCUGUUGUUGCAAUUGCUUGCGUUUUCUCUUUGCUGGGUGUGGUUCUCCUGACCUUAACUGCAUCAAUUAAGUCCUUGAGGCCUCCUCCAUGUGCGGCUGGAUCAAGCUUCUGCCAAGCUCCCUCGAAAGGUCAAUUCGCAGUGCUAUAUGCAGCUAUAUCUCUGGCUUCUAUAGGCCUUGGGGCAAUGAGAUUUACUCUGGCAACAAUGGGAGCAAAUCAAUUUGAUAAGCCUAAACAUCGAGGUUUUUUUUUCAACUGGUUCUUCUUCAUGUUUUAUGCAUCUUGUAUGAUAAGCUCCAUAGCCAUUGUCUAUGUUGAGGACAGCGUUAGCUGGGGAAUUGGCUUUGGCCUAUGUGCUGCAACUAGUUUUGUUGGUUUAGCCAUUUUCCUGCUAGGAACCCGAUUCUAUAUACAUGACAAGCCUCAGGGGAGCCCGUUUACUGGUUUAGCUCGAGUUUUCGUUGCUGCUAUACGGAAGAGUAGAAUACCAUUGUCAUUCAAUGGUGAGGAUUAUUACCAUGAAAAAGGUGGAGCAAACGAAAUCGUGGUAGCUACACCUUCUCCGAGCAUAAGGUUCUUUAACCGAGCAGCGCUCAAAACUGAAGGAGAAAUUCAAUCAGAUGGUUCAAUAGCUAAGCCAUGGAGACUAUGUUCGGUUCAAGAAGUUGAAAACUUUAAAGCUGUUGUUAGAAUUUUCCCACUAUGGUCAACCACAAUUUUUGUAUCUGUUCCAAUAGCAAUUCAGGCCAACAUGAUAGUUCUCCAAGCUCUAGCCAUGAAUCGUCACCUUGGUUCUAGUUUCAAAAUCCCAACAGGGACAGUAAUAGUUGUGGUGUUAAUCUCCACAAGCAUUUGCCUAGCCAUCUUUGAUCGUUUCCUUCUACCAACCUGGCGGAAGUUAACUAAUCGGUCUCUGACACCCCUCCAACGAAUUGGAACAGGCCACGUUUUCAAUGUGCUAAGCAUGACCAUAUCAGCCUUGGUGGAGUCCAGAAGGCUAAAAAUAGCCCAUGAGAAACACCUCCAAGUGCAGCCCGGUGCUAUAGUCCCUAUGUCAGUCCUGUGGCUGUUUCCACAACUUGUUAUAGUUGGUAUUGGAGAAGCAUUCCAUUUUCCUGGACAGGUUGAUCUGUACUAUCGAGAAUUUCCAGUAGCGCUCCGAAGCACAGCAACUGCCAUGAUAUCUGUAGUAAUUGGAACAGCAUACUAUGUGAGCACUGCUUUGGUGGACCUGACCCGGAAUGUUACACGCUGGUUACCAGAUAAUAUCAAUGAGGGGAGGCUGGAUAAUCUAUAUUGGACCCUAGUCGUGUUGGGGUCUCUAAACUUUAUCUAUUAUUUGGUCUGCUCCAGUUUGUACAGGUAUAGAAAUGUUCAAAAGAAAGUGGAUCAUUCAGUAACUGAUGCCACUGGAGAAAAAGAAACAGAUCAAGAAGCUUGAAUGUUUAGAAGAGAAAGAAAAAAGAAGAAAGGAACUCAGAAGAAGAAUUUUAUAUCUGCAUCAUAUUAUUUACAAGCUAAAAGCAGAACUGACCUUCAGCCAGUGAUGUUUCUGAAUUGUAUCAUGAAUCAAGGCAUACUCUAAAAGUAAUCUAUGUUGUAUUCAGUUGCAGGCUUAUGGCAAUUGUAUGAUUUGUAAUGAUUAUAUUCCCAUAUCCUGACAAUGACAGAAAUUUUACUAAUAAAAAAUCUCUCAGAAU